AUGAACACUCGAUUUACACUCACAACGAUAGGAAGAAAAGCUUGUCAUGCAGUGGGUCGAAUAAUUAUUCAUUGUUGGGCUUUAGCUGGUGCAACUUUAUUGUGUUGUUUUUUGUUGUAUUGGGUUUUGGGGGGCUUGAUACCAUUUCUUUUGCUAUGUUUUGCUGCAACAGGAAUUUUAUAUCAGUUGGAAGAUUAUUUAUUAUUUCAUCCGGAUCUUCCUCCCUAUUCUCGAUUAUUUGUUUCUUUGCCUUCUGUGUUUGGUUUACCUUAUGAAAGUGUUUUUACCAGAAGUGGAGAUGGAACAUUGAUUCAUUUAUUUUUGAUUCUUCAACCAGGUGAAACCUCAUCUAAAGCACCAACACUCCUUUUUUUCCAUGGAAAUGCAGGAAAUGUCGGUCAUAGGUUACAAAAUAUGGUGGGACUGUAUCAGUCUCUUCAUUGCAACAUAGUAAUGUUAGAAUACAGAGGUUAUGGUUUGUCACAGGGGAUUCCAAGUGAAGAAGGUAUUUAUAUGGAUGCGAGAGCGGCAUUGGAUUUUAUAUCGUCAAGACAAGAUUUUAAUCACAAAGAAAUUAUUUUAUUUGGAAGAUCACUGGGUGGAGCUGUAGCAAUCGAUUUAACUUGUAAUCUGCUUUACUCACAAAAAAUUUGGUGUCUUAUCGUUGAAAAUUCAUUUACAAGUAUUCCAGACAUGGCUAGAAUUCUUUUAGGGUGGAGAAUAUUAAGAAAACUUCCAUUAGUUUUUUACAAGAGUAAAUUUUUGUCAAAAAGUAAAAUUAAUCAGGUAAAAGUGCCUACAUUAUUCGUGUCUGGAUUAUCUGAUUCUUUGGUACCAUCUAGAAUGAUGAAAGAACUUUAUGAUGAGUGUUCAUCGGAGCAUAAAAAACUUGUCGAAUUUCCAAAUGGUACACAUAAUGAAACAUGGACAUGCCAAGGAUAUUACACAAGUUUAGAUGCAUUUAUAAAAGAUGUUAGAUUAAGAAGAAUACAAAAUUAUUCAUAA